AUUCCCCAACCAUCAAAGAGUCGUUGGCAAAGAGAAGCCCCCCUCUUACCGGCGUCCUCUAUCCAAGAUGGAGACUCCUUUCAAGCUCCUCUUCCUCUCAUUCUUCUUUGCCUCUGCAACGUGCUUCAACAUCACUAAGAUCUUGGACCAACACCCCGAAUUCAAUGUCUUCAAUAGCUAUCUAACUUUGACAAAAGUCGUCGGAGAAAUCAACAAGAGGAAUACCAUAACCAUCCUGGCAAUUGAGGAUUCCGCCAUGUCUAGCAUCACCGGCGGCAAUUUCGCCCCAGAGGUUCUACAUAAUAUCAUGAGCGUCCAUGUUGUCUUGGACUACUAUGACUCCAAGAAACUCGACAAUUUGUCUGAGGGGACCGCCCUCUUGACCGCUCUAUUUCAGAGCACCGGCUCCGCUGUUGGACAACAGGGGUUCCUGAACGUCACCAAGUCGAAGCAGACUGGAGAAAUCCUGUUUGGCUCGGCUGUCCUUGGCUCGGCUCUCUCCGCUAAGCUGGUGAAGUCUGUUGCUUCGGAGCCAUACAAUAUUUCAGUGCUACAAAUAUCCAGACCAAUCAUUCCCCAAGGAAUUGACAAGUCCAAUAACGCUUCAAAAGUUUCUCCAUCUGUGGCCCCUGCUCCAGCACCUAAGGCAUCCGCUCCGGCACCUAAGGCAUCCGCUCCAGCAACUGAGGCCCCAACACCUUCCUCUCCAGCCCUUGCACCACCAGGAAACCACACUCCUGCACCAGAGGGACCCACAUCCCCCCCUGAAAAUGAGGGUCCCACGGCGGCACCUCUAGCAUCCCCUCCAUCACCACCUGCCGCCGAGGGACCCGGUCCGGCAGCUGAGGGGCCUGAUGGAUCUGCACAAGGCCCGAGUGACUCUGAAAAGUCUGCUGGGGCUCGGGUUGUCUCUAGCACGUGCCUCGUGGCAGUGUUAGGAUUCUUGGGCUAUGCGGUGCUGUAAUUUUUUUUGAGAUGGCACGGUUGGAGUGUAUGUCCUGAUUUGUAUAAUUGAUUUGAUUCAAAUUGUGAUAUCACCAAAUCGGAGGGGUUUAUGAAUAAAAUGUCUACACGUGUCCAAUAGGCCCAUUGGGUUUUCAAAAAACAAGACUCGGUUUUCAUCGAGUUAUUCAAAUACUCAGGUGAAUUGCCAAGUUGAUUCAUCGAGUCACCUCUCUAUUUUUGUACCCUGGGCGCGUUUUGCUUUUCUCUAUUGUUAUAUUUGGUGGAAAUUCCUAAGCUCCAA